UGACGUUGGCACCUCCCGCGAUCACCCUGCAAUCUCAGGACAAACAAUAGCGAGCAAUAAUAAUUACAGGCGAUAGAUGAUCAUUUGUCAUCAUGACUUUCUCAUCCUGGUACCGGCACCGUGGUACUUUUAAAAACACCCGCUGACGCACAGCUGUAUCAGGAGGGGCAUUUAACUUUCAUCAUUAGUCAUUUCUAUCAAAGGCAUCGGGAGUGAAACUUCUAUAAGUCUGCAACUGGAGUCCUUCUGCCCCUCUGCGGUAUCGGUUCACAGAAAUAAAAAUCGACUAUGGUGGAGAUUUUCUAAAGUUAGAUCAAGCUGAUUAACUGCAAGUAAGGAUUAAUAAACCGCUGUUUAGAUCUGACAUUUUCCUCUGGUAACAUGGGCGGAGUGUGCAUAUGCUAUUCAUGGACUUGCAGACCAGUGUGGCCAGUUUUUAUUAUUCUGGCUACAAUACCUUGUAUGUUGUACUGCUCAGAGAGUCCUGCAGCAGUUGUUGGCAAAAUAUAUCCACGCGGCAAUCACUGGGCAGUAGGUCAUUUGAUGGGAAAGAAGAGCAUCGAGAGCCUUCCUGAACUGCAGGAGACAAACAGUGACUACCUCACACCCUCAGAAACAGCUGGGGUCACAGAGCUGAACCAAUACCAGCAUCUGAUGGACGCUCUGAUGCAACAAAAGAACCAAAAACAGAUGAUGCCACGAACUGCAGACAGGCUGCUUUGGCUGCGCAGUGGCUGGAGAGAAGAGGACAGAGACAAAUAUCUCAGAGAGAUGUCAAACCUGCUUCUUCUGGCUUUGAAACUGCAAGACAAUGACUCCCCGUGAAUGGAAGACGAAUUCUGUUUUUCAUCAUUAUCUACUAAACAUGUUCCCUGUAAUCACAUAUCCACACUGUAUACUUUUUCUGCUGUAACAAUACGCUGGAAACCUAAUAUAAGUUUACUUCAUCAGUAAUUUAUCAUUUCUAAUUUGCAUAUCAUGCAGCAGUUUGAUAACAAACUGACAUGACAAGGUUAUGUUACAUAAGCUGAGAAUGCUGAAUAAAUUUAACAUUGUGAUAACUGCA